AUGGGCUUUUAUGAAGGCGAUGACAAUGAUGCCAACACCAAGGCAUUUAAUGACAAAUAUAUCAAAGAUCAAAAGUUCGCAACGGCACCCUUCUGGAACCUCUUUCCAAAGUUAAGGGAUAUUGAUGAAUACGAUAAUCCACUCCUACCACUGCCCUUCAAUUUCAACUUCAGAGAUCUUGGAGAUAGUGCACUUGCCAUGGCGUCCGGAAUCCCUACGGUGAAGCAGUUUGACAAGUGCGAAGAACUUAAGGGCCAGUCUGCAUGGACCACCCAAGGGAUUUGGAAAUGUCUUGUCCCAAGUAAGGCUAUCCCCCCUCUACCACAAUUGGACUUCCUCUUACCUCUGGAGGAGAUCAAAUCUGACAAGUCGCACUCUCAUGGGUUGUUCUUCAAUGAUUUCAACCUCUUUUUGAAGUGGAGGUCGCACAUGAAUAGACUACAAAAACAAAGAAUCAAGACUAGGAGCACUGCCGUAGAGCCUCUGGCUAGAACUCCAGAAGACCUCAUGUUGAAUUGGGACGACUUGCAUCUGGGCAACGAUGCUGAAUAUGCUUCUGCAGAUGGAUCCAAGAAAAUUGUUGGAAGGGCACAGUCCAUUAGUACCACGAAGGAUUCCAAUGAUGCAAAACCCAGCACCGUCAAAACUGAAAAAAUCUACUUUGACGAUGGCACGGUAGACAUUACUACCACCACUACCUCCAAGGGUUCCAGUCCCCAGGUGAAGCAUAAAGUGGUGAGUGUUGACGAAGACAAUUAG